AGAAAGGAAGCUUGAGAGCCUCGAGAAAACGUCAUGGCUAGCAACUGCAGGGAAGAGGAGAGCACGUCCCGGUCGCCGGAAGGGAUGGCGGAGGAGGUGCCGGCGGGCCUCACGGCGGAGGAGUACGCGUAUCUACGGCCCAGGAUCGAUUCUCACCACCGGUACGGCGUCGGCCCGGGGCAGUGCUCGUCGUUGCUGGCGCAGCGCAUCCGCGCCACGGCAGCCGCGGUCUGGGCUGUGGUGCGGCGGUUCGACCGGCCGCAGGUCUACAAGCACUUCAUCCGCAGCUGCGCCGUCAGGGACGGGAGGGAGAUCCGGCCGGGGUGCCUCCGCGAGGUGAUCGUCGUCUCCGGGCUGCCCGCGAGCACCAGCACCGAGCGGCUCGACGUCCUCGACGAGGAUAUGCGGGUGACGGGGUUCACCAUAGUCGGCGGCGAGCACCGCCUUCGGAACUACAGAUCGGUCACCACCGUCGACGAGCUCGGCUGCGGCGGCGGCGCCGGCGCCGACCAGAUCUGGGCGGUCGUGCUGGAGUCCUACGUCGUCGACGUGCCCGAAGGGAACACCAAGGAAGACACACGGCUCUUCGCCAACACCGUCGUACGCCUCAACCUCCAGAAGCUUGCCUCCGUAGCGGAGGCCGCGGCGGCUGUGGCGGAGCGGCGGAGCUGAAGAAGGAGAAGAAAAAGGUCUUUUUCAAAAUUAGGAAUUCGAAAACUGGUAUUUCUAGGAAUACCCCUAUUUUCGACAGGAAAAUUACGGAAACAUGCUUCUACUUUUCUACAUCACAGAAGACCCCUCUCAGGCCUCCCUCUCUUCCUCCUCUGUUGCUCAUCUUCUGGGCACAAACCUGAAUGUUUCAGUAAUUCUCCCUUCUCUCCUCCAUUUUCUUCUGCAACUUUAUAUCAAAAAAAGAUUUCUUAUUUCUCUCCAAACGAUCGAAUUGUGGAAUUUGUCCUCUGCACUUUGUUUUAUGAAUAAAAAAAAGGAAAAAAUCCAAAAAAAAAAAAACAGAGAGUAAUCUCCCUUUGUUCAGUGUUCAUGAAACAAAACAAAGAAAAUGACAUUUGGGAUUGUUGAUGAACCUCUUUUGGCUUCUUGUGUUACUACAUCAUUCAAUAUUUUCUCAGCUUUUGGUGGUUGAUAUCGAUGGCGACAGAGCUUGUUCUUGGUUUUAUUCUUCAGUAAAGAUGUGCCAUUGAUGGUGGAAGUGUAUCUCAAGUCCCAAAUUAGGAAGUUGGGGUUCCUUGUAACCAAUCUCUUGCCAUAAUUGAGCUUCAACUUCAAACUCAAUGCACCAGUUGCUCGCGUCAUACCGAAGAACUAACAGGGUUCGAGUUGAAUAUCAACUAGUCUUGGCCUUUCAUAUGUAAAUUGCAAUGCCAAGCUCUGUUUACAUAUCAUUGUAAUUAUUUGUAUUUCACGUGGAUCCAGUGGUCAUUUGAUCAAA